AUGGAGCGGGGGAGGUGGGGCGUGACGUCACGGAGGAACGAGGAGGAUGCCGAACUAGCAAAGAAACAAGAUGCUGAUUCCCUAUCUCCAGAUGACCUUGAUGACAUGUCCCCCAUACCAGCACCUGUUCGCCAGCCCAGGCGUGGGGCAUUCUCUGCGGAACCCAUCAGUGAAGAGGAUGCUACCACUUAUGUCAAAAAGGUGGUUCCCAAAGACUACAAGACGAUGGAAGCCCUGUCGAGGGCAAUUGCAAAGAAUGUGCUCUUCUCUCAUCUGGAUGACAACGAACGGUCUGACAUUUUUGAUGCCAUGUUCCCAGUCAUGGCUCUGCCUGGUGAAGUCAUCAUUGAACAAGGGGAUUCUGGUGACAACUUCUAUAUAAUUGAUCAGGGUGAAGUUGAGAUCUACAAAAAUGGGGAGCUGGUGGCCUCUGUUGGAGAAGGAGGGAGCUUUGGAGAGUUGGCUCUCAUUUAUGGGACUCCUAGAGCUGCAACAGUGAAGGCCAAGACAGAUGUGAAACUUUGGGGCAUCGACAGGGACUCUUAUCGACGCAUCCUCAUGGGAUCCACCAUCCGCAAAAGAAAAAUGUACGAGGACUUCCUCGCCAAAGUGCCUAUACUGGAGACCUUGAAUAAGUGGGAGCGUUCCAUUGUGGCCGAUGCAUUGGAGCAAGUGAAUUUCAAAGAUGGAGCGAUAGUUGUUAAACAGGGUGAUCCAGGUGAUGACUUCUUCAUCAUCCUAGAAGGCACAGCCGAUGUCCUCCAGCAACAGGAGCGUGCUCCUGGUGAACCCCCAGUUCACGUUGGGACUCUUUCUUCCUCUGACUAUUUCGGAGAAAUAGCCCUGCUGCUAGACCGACCACGUGCUGCCACCAUCAUCGCCCGUGGGCCUCUAAAGUGUGUCAAGUUGGAUCGAGCACGGUUCGAACGUGUGAUGGGAUCCUGUGGAGACAUCCUGAAGAGGAACAUCCGACUCUACAACAGCUAUGUGUCCCUUUCCGUCUAAAUGUGAUUCCCCGUCCUGGUCCAUCAACGAUUCGUGGGUUGUCAUUUGUCAUCCCAGGUAACCGGGAGUGGGAGGGAACGAUUUCCAUGCGAUUCGUCUCUGCCUGCCAUUCCUCUUUCCAGCUGUUGUUUCUGCAGAUCAUCUAUAGUGAGAGAGAAGAAAAAAAAAAAAAGAACGGACUUUCGUCUGCUGGUCAGAUCGCGUGUGGUCCCAAGAGAGAAUGAGUGUUUUAUGCGUCCCUAGUCAGUAAUACGUGGGUCGUUUCUCGGCUUCUUCCUCACUAACAUCGAUGUUCGAGUCUGGGUGCCAUGUCUCGUCGAGUAAGUGAUGCGUGUGUGGUGCGUGCUCAGAAGCGUGUGCGUGUGCAGAGGGACGUCGUAGAAGUGAGACUAGGAAUUCCCCCUUCAGAAAUAUAUAUGUAUAUCCUGCCGUGCAACGGAACGCGGAGUUGCCCGUGAGACUCCGUCGGGACACGUCUUCCUUUGGAGAAAAAAAAAAUUGAGUGAGAAUAAGUUCCAGUAAUUUAUUCGUGUCUAUCGAGUGAUCCGUAGGGUGCCAUUUUCACGCGAGGGGGAAAAACCCUUGCACCAUAGUCACACGAAGAUAUGCUAGCUUAUUCACUGUUCACUAACGAGCCGCCCAGGUGAGAAACUAUGCAGCGUCUGCCUCUCUUUUCCCCCGUAACAAGUGAUGAGCCUGCAUUUAUCCCCCUCACUGGCUGUCCCAAUCAAAACAAAAUCUCACAUUUUCCAUGUAAUCUGCAGGAGUUUUUUGAAAUAAAUAAUCUGUUCAGGAACGGUCCCCA